AUGUGCAAAAGCCAAAUAGAUGCGGCGAACCUCGAGCUAUCUUCGAAGUCGUGGCCGUCGCCGUCGUCUCGUUCUCGUGGUCGCUGCUGUUGCUGCCGUCUAGCUUCAUCGCCGUUGCCGCUGUCUCGUUCUCGCCGCUGCCGCCAUCGUCAAGUUCUGGCCGUUUCCGCCGUCUUCGCCUUUUCGCCAUUGCUGCCGUCGUCGAGUUCUCGCCGUUGCGGUCGUCGUCCCGUUCUCGCCAUCGCCAUCGUCACUGGAUCUAUUCCACCGCUUUUGGAGGGUUGGAGAGUGAUUCCACAUGAUAGAUCUAUCUCGAUUUACGGUGUGAGGAAGCAACCGGUGAAGCUGUUUACAAAGUCAUCUUCCUCAGCCGUCACACUGCCGGCUCGAAUCAUCCUGCUUUAA